AUGAGUGUGCCGGCCGCGGAUACAUACGCCGAGGCCGGGCCAUCGUCGUUGCGCGCCCCACACUACGAUCCAGCCAUUCGACGCAGCAAAACGGUCAGCCACCCGGUCCACCACACUCUAUCUGAACCCACAGCUUCGACCGCUCAGCUCGCUCUCCCCAUCCAGCUCAACCACGCCGCCGCCGCCGCCGCCGCCGCCGCCCCCAAAUCCACCUACAUCGCCGUCGGCGAGCUUCGGGAUCCCACCCUCAGCCCUUCGCGGCGCGGAGACACCCUCCGCGCCUACUCACGCCAACGCCGCGUCUUCUCCGACCGCGAUCACGCUCCACCUGCAAGUCCCGACCGCUUCGCCCGCAACUUGCCUCUUCCAGCUCCCGCAUCGCCCUCGCUUCGCCUAGUGCAGUCGUCGCGCAACGCCGAAUCAUCAGGCAUUUCCACCCUCCUCUUCUCUGCCACCAACGACGAUCCAGACGCGCUCCUCGCCGCUCCUAGACACUCGGCUUGGCAUCCAGACGCUCCAUUCGACGAAACGCAGUCCUCCAUGUCCAGCACGCCCAGCCUCACGAGCCCCACCUCCACCCUCUCGCGCUCCACCUCGCUCCGCUCAGCACGCGACGAUCGUGCCGCCCUCGCUGCUGGCACUCGCUACCUCUCCCUCAAUGCCUCUUCCGAGCUCCCUACCACCGCAGCGGAAGGCCUCUCUCCCGAGUACGGCGCCUCCAACUGGACACGCAGGGCGAGGAGGUGGUCCAACUCCAUGUCGCGCAGGAUGAGCAUCAGCGCUCUCAACCACACCUUGCACUCCACAACCACCCCGUACCUCAAGGCUGGCCUUCAGGAACUCCGCUCCAUCUUUGACGUCGACACCCUCGGCGUCGCCCUCGACGACCAGCACGACGAUGACGACCUCGAGGGCGCCUCGCCCAUCGGACACCACGCAAGCCUGGCCUCCGACCACGAGCGUCUCCGACUUUUUAGGUCAAGUGGCACCGCCUCAUCGCUUGCAGCAUCGCGCCAACAAGCCGUCUUUGAAUCACCCGAAGACUUGACGCCCAACCUCUCGCGUCAGAGCAGCUCCGAAGACCGCCAGCACAUCCACCACACUCCAGCAGGCCGUCCCGCCAUCAGCUUCAAGAGCCAGAUCUACGAGGCUCCCGUGACGCACCGUCGAGCCCAAUCAUGGCGCAAGCACAGAAGCCUCUCCAUCUCGGAUCUCCCCGUCCCCUCCGAGCUUUCGUCUCCACGCGAAAAGCAGCCGACUGGCCCUGUGUCCAACACUUAUUCCGCCGCGUCUAGCGUUCGAGAGGUCGCUUCGCGUCCCCAGUCGAUACGUGCACCAUUGGUGGCUGUCGGCUUAGCUGCGCUCAGCGUCAGCAUCGUCGCACUCUGCGUUCUCGAGACGUCGAUCCAUCCGGACGCAGCCUCGGUGCCUUUGACCGCCUUCAUGCUUUCGCAGUCCGCCUUUGCACUCGUCGGCCUCGCGGGCCUGGUGCUGCAGAGACGCUGGCUCAUCGAUCUCGCCUCGCGCCUCAUCCGCGCCCAUGUGCUUUGCCAGGUGCUCAUCGCCAUGGCCGCGCUUCGCAGCCUCAGCCGCACCGCCUUCUACCGCGACCGCUUCGACCGAGCUGCCUCCAAUGCCACCAUUGCGUCGGGAAUGCUCACCUCCUCGCGUCUACUUUCGACACGCCUUGACGCGGAUCCGCAUACGUCGCUCGUUGGUUCGCUGGGCGACCAAGUGACCUACCUCUGCGUCUUCCUCGUCCAAGCUGCCUUGCCGCUCGCGCUCGUACUGUGGGCGCAGUACUCGAUGGCCACCACGCUCAGCCGCACCACACGUCAGCUGCCUGCCCAGCGCACAGAACCGUCGAUGCCCAUCAUCAAGGUGGCCGAUGCGGUAGUCGUCGAUGUCGCGCGCAGCCACAGAAUGCGCUACAACAGCGAGAAUCCGUCCAACACCAAGAGCAGCGCCCAGAGUGUUGGCACCACCGAGGGAUGGCUCGGAUUCGUCAUUACCAGGAUCGACGAUACCGCGUCCAAGCCGCAGUACGAACUGGAUCCGCUCGAGUUGGCCAAUAGACUGCAGGCCUUGGCGGGUGUGCAGAAGUAG